CUGUAGAAGCGCAUAGCUGCCGUUUGAAGCAUCUACAGACACAGGAGACAGGUUCAUCAAGAUAAUAUCGUUUUUGACCGUAGGACAGCAGCGUGCUUUGGGUAUUUGUGUGGUGAUCCCAACAUUUUUUUUGCAACGCCACGAUACAUUUAUUUGAAGGUUCGAUAGUUUUCAAAGUUUCUGCAAAGUGAAUAACUCCACUCGGACGAGAGGAGAGGGAAUCAUGAUUCUUCAAGGAGACCAGCUCCCACUCCAAUAAAACAAUGGAGUCCUACCAGCGAACAGGAAGGUGCAGGUGGAAGUUCCGUCAUGUCCUCCUAGUCACCCAGCUGCUGCUGAUUCUAACCUCAGUGCUGAGCCAGUGCCAGCUGGACUGCGUCCAGGUGCUGACAGCCCCCCAGGGUGAGUUCACCUCGCCCUGCUACCCCCAGGAAUACCCCAAGUCCCAGGCCUGCAAGUGGACGCUGCAGGCCCCGUCAGGCUUCAUCCUCCAGCUCACCUUCCUGGACUUUGAGCUGGAGGAGGCCCUGGGCUGCAUCUACGACCGCGUGGUCGUCAGCACGGGAAACGCCGACGUCAAGUUCUGCGGCCUGACGGCCAACGGCCUGACGCUCAACUCCACGGGCAACGUCAUGGAGGUGUCCUUCAACUCCGACUUCAGCGUCCAGAAGAGGGGAUUCAGUGUCAGUUACAGGCAAGUCGCCGUGGCACUGAGGAACCAGAAGGUCACCUUGUCCAACGGCAACGGCAAGGUGGUGACGCUCUCCAACUCCGUGACGUUCCCCGCCCUGCAGUCCCUGACGUUUUGCUGCGAGAUGGCGCGGAACAGCCAGAAGGCCAUAGAGACCAUCUUCUCCUACAAGGCCGACUCGUUGGUCGACAGCAAUGGCACCGGUGUAGAGUUCAGCUUUGGCAACAACAACGGCAUGGAGCUGGUGCUGGCGGCGCAGACAUGCCCCGUGGAGACCAUCAUCACCGCCACUGACAUCACGUCCACCAUGAAGAGCUUCUGCCUCACGUGGACCUCAUCCACCGGCCUGGUGGCGCUCUACUUCAACGGGAACUACCGUGCUAAGACCUGCGCCAACACCGCCGGGAAGUCCAUGGUGGCUGGCUGGCACUUCUGGCUGGGCAGCCAGAGCAAAAGCCUGGAUGGGACGCUGUAUAAUGUCCGUCUGUGGGACUACGCCAUGAGCGUGUCGCAGCUGGCCGCGCUGACCUGCGACGUGGCGGGCAACGUCAUCGACUGGGACAACAGCUACUGGGUCAUCCCUUCCUCCCAGGCCCAGACCGACAGCUCCCUCAGCUGCACCUGCUACCCAACUUGCAUACACUUAACAACAGCUGCCCCAUCUAGUGGUACAUCUGUGCCCACCUACACUUCAACCACCACCACAUGUGCCUCCCCUGGACUGGGCUGCCCAGCUACUCUAACUUCCACCACCCCUGUCUUCACUAACAUGAUCGCUACUAAUGCGACCACAACCGUUCUGUCUUCCAACACCUACUCCACUACCUCCACUAGCAUGCCUCUAACCUCCAGCAGCACCACUGAGGGCCUCUUCUACAGAAUGUCCUUCAUGGUCAGCGACAGCGAGGCCUCACGGACCGAGGUGGAGAUUGAGAGGACCGUGUCACAGUGGCUGAACCAGACCUUCCAGAACUGGACCCACGCUGUCUAUGUGGACUAUGUUAGUGUCUAUCCUUCUGGGGCGGAGAGAAGUGUUCAGAGUUAUUCCUGCAACGCCUUGCUGGUGUACAUCACCAGGUCUGUUUCCCUCCUCACACCGGGGGAGGCUGCCAUCUCUGCACAGCUGCAGGCCAGCGCCCCCAGCAUGGGCACCGGCCUGGUGGUCUCCACCGUCGCAGUACAGUCUGUCGAUAACUGUCCUGUGGAGACCCCCCUCCACUACCUCUGGCCAGAGAGCAGACCCACCGUGACUCAGUAUGUACCCUGCUUCCCCAACAAAGACCAGAACGCCUCCAGAACCUGUGUGAUCAGCCCACAGAAUUACACAGCUUACUGGGACGCCCCAGACCUCAGUAACUGCACCGACAUCGAUACCAUCGAGGUGUCAGCAGAGAAUGCUGCGGAGGUGGCCGUUCAGCUUGCCGACAUCACAAACAACGAGCUGUCCAAUGAUGAGGUGUCUAAGGUGGUCACCAAGGUGAAGGAGCUGGUGGGCGUGGCUAAGAUCAAUGCCACCUUGGCCACCACCGUGGUCACCAUCAUCUCCAAUGUCAUGACCAGCUCCAACACCGCUCUGGCUGCUGCCUCCGAGAGGGCUCUUAAGACAGUGGAUGAGCUGAUGCAGAAGAUAGAGUUUGAGGGCGCUUCGGUGAGGAUCACGUCUAGAAACCUGGCCUUGGGCAUCUCAGCCCUCAACGCCAGCCAGUUCAACGGGACGUCCUUCAGUGCCUUCAUAACCCCGAACACCACUGACCCACAGAUCGACUUUGAGUCCGAGCAACUCAAUCCUUUAGCUCAGGUCAUCCUCCCUGCCACCCUGCUCAACAACCUGACCCUGACGGAUUCAGACAUCUCCAGAAUCAACUUCAUGUUCUUCAGCAAGAUUGGCCUGUUCCAGAACGAGCGGGAUAGUCUGUCUCUCAACAGCUACGUGGUCGCCAGCAGUGUAGGAAACUACACUAUUCGAAAUCUGAAGGACCCUGUGAAAAUUGAGAUUGUCCACCUCAACUACCAGCAUUCCCCAAAUCCUGUUUGCAUGUUUUGGGAUUUCACCAUGAAAGAUAGCGCUGGGGGCUGGAACAGUGAGGGGUGUCGCGUCGGUCCUGACUCCAAUGGCAACAAGACUGUCUGCCUCUGUGAUCACCUCACACACUUUGGUAUCCUCAUGGAUAUCUCUGGAGCAGCUGCCCUAAUAGACGAGCAGAACACCAAGAUUCUGACCUUCAUCACCUACAUCGGCUGUGGCAUCUCCGCCAUCUUCUCUGCUGCCACGCUGCUCACGUAUAUUGCCUUCGAGAAGUUACGUCGCGACUACCCCUCAAAGAUCCUGAUGAACCUUAGCACGUCCCUCCUCUUCCUCAACAUGCUGUUCCUAUUGGACGGCUGGCUGGCGUCCUUAAACAUGCAUGGGCUGUGCGUGGCCGUGGCGGUCUUCCUGCACUACUUCCUGUUGAGCUCGUUCACCUGGAUGGGUCUGGAGUCCAUCCACAUGUACAUUGCUCUGGUGAAGGUGUUCAACACCUACAUACGCAGAUACAUCCUCAAGUUCUGCAUCGUAGGAUGGGGUCUGCCUGCAGCCAUAGUGGCCAUGGUGGUGGCGGUGGACAGGACGUCCUACGGGAAGCAGGAGUACGGGCGCGGAGACACCGGACAGGGAUCCUCAGAGUUCUGUUGGAUCCAGAGCCCCGUGGUGUUCUACGUAACGUGCGUGGGCUACUUCUCGUUGGUUUUCCUGAUGAACGUGGCCAUGUUCAUAGUGGUCAUGAUUCAGAUCUGUGGCCGCAACGGCAAGCGCAGCAACCGGACGCUGCGGGAGGAGGUGCUGCGGAACCUGCGGAGUGUGGUCAGUCUCACAUUCCUGCUGGGCAUGACUUGGGGCUUUGCCUUCUUCGCCUGGGGGCCCGUCAAUCUGGCCUUCAUGUACCUGUUCACCAUCUUCAACUCCCUGCAAGGUCUGUUCAUUUUCGUGUUCCACUGUGCGCUGAAGGAGAAUGUACAGAAGCAGUGGAGGAGAUACUUAUGCUGCGGACGCUUCAGACUGGCAGACAACUCAGACUGGAGUAAGACAGCCACAAACAACACUAAGAAGGUGAGCUCAGACAACCUUGGCAAAUCUCUGUCCUCCAGCUCUUUUGGAUCCAGUACUGCCAACUGGACCUCCAAGGCCAAAGCUACACUCAACCCCUUCACGAAACGCAACAGCAACAUAGGUAAAGGCUACUCCAAUCAGACAAGCCCUAAGUGUGUCUCCUCCUGCUCUUCCUCCUCAGAGGUGGAGCCUUCCUCCUCUUCGUCCUCCUCCUCCUCCAUAUUGCCCGUGCACCAGGUCAUCGACAAAGUCAAAGGUUACUGCUCCGUGCGCUCCGACAACUUCUACAAGAACAUCAUCCUGUCUGACAGCUUCAGCCACAGCACCAAGUUCUAGGCCCCGCCCCUGCCCCAGGAGAGCCUGGGGCAGCCUGUAGGGUUGCCUGGGGCGACAGGGCGCCGAGGGAAGUCAUGGUUCCACUGUAUAAAAACAUCCCUUCUAGUCAGCCGAUCUGUCAGAGAGACAGCGGAGGAGCAAAAGGGGGUGG